GGAUGGAGCACACGAUGGUUAGCAGAGGAGCGGCAGAGGCCCGGCAGGCAGAUGAGCGACAAGCGUCCGAGGGCGCAGGCGAGGCGAAGGAAGACGGUCGCAUGGAAUUGGCGGGGGAGCGUGGGGGUGAGAACGCAGGAGAGGGUAUUGUAGCAGUUACAGCUGAUGACGCAACAGUUAACGCUGAUGGCGCAGCAGUUAACGCUGAUGACGCAGCAGUUAACGCUGAUGACGCAGCAGUUAGAGGUGAUGACGCAGCAGUGAAAGCAGACGAUACAGUCGUUAAAGCGACAGAUAAGGCAAUCGAAGUGGAGGAUACGACCCUUAAAGCGGACAGAACGUGCAUUAAAGGGGACAAUACAGCGACUAAGACGGACGAUACAGCAAUUAAACCUGCCGAUAAAGCCAUCAACAAUAAAGCCAUCGUGGGCGAUGAAGCCAUUAAAGCGGACGAUAAAGCCGUUAAAGCGGACGAUAAAGCCAUGGCUGCCUCACUGAAGGUUGCAGGCGAAGCAGCUGUUUGUGAGACAGGGAGGGUCGUGGCAGCAGGGGGAGCCUCAGAUAGGGCUACUGGUGAAGCAAGUAGCGUCGCGGAGACUGCUGGCGAAGCUAGUAGCGUCGCCAGGGCUACUGGUGAAGCAAGUAGCGUCGCGGAGACUGCUGGCGAAGCUAGUAGCGUCGCCAGGGCUACUGGUGAAGCAAGUAGCGUCGCCGGGACUGCUGGCGAAGCUAGUAGCGUCGCCAGGGCAGCGUGCGCUGCUAGUAGCGCCGUCAGGGCUCCAGGCGACGAGGCGAAGGCGACUUGUUUCGCUGACGAGAAUGAGAAGGUGACAGGCGACGAAAGUAAGGUCGCAGCGGACGAGGGGAAGGUCGCAGCAGCAGGAGAAACGAAGGAUGCAGCAGCAGGCGAAACGAAGGUUCCAGCAGCAGGCGAAACGAAGGAUGCAGCAGCAGGCAAAACGAAGGUUGCAGCAGCAGGCGAAACGAAGGAUGCAGCAGCAGGCGAAACGAAGGUUGCAGCAGCAGGCGAAACGAAGGAUGCAGCAGCAGGCGAAACGAAGGUUGCAGCAGCAGGCGAAACGAAGGAUGCAGCAGCAGGCGAAACGAAGGUUGCAGCAGCAGGCGAAACGAAGGUUGCAGCAGCAGGCGAAACGAAGGUUGCAGCAGCAGGCGAAACGAAGGUUGCAGCAGCAGGCGAAACGAAGGUUGCAGCAGCAGGCGAAACGAAGGUUGCAGCAGCAGGCGAAACGAAGGUUGCAGCAGCAGGCGAAACGAAGGAUGCAGAGAGGACCAGAGAGCAGCAGCAGGAGAGGAGGGAUGAGACGACGGAUGAGAGGAAGGAGGAGAGGCGGGGCGGGGAGCUCCCUGAGAGGGAAGGAAGGUUUGAAAAGCAGAGUGAUGUGAAGAGGCACGAGGACGUAGCAGGCAGUGCGAGGCAGGGCGAGGGGGUGAAUGGAGAUGAGAGAAAGGCGUCAGACAGAGGUGAGGAGAAGAGGGCUAGUGAGAGUGGGGGGGCGGUGAAGGGUGAGAAUGGGGAAACGAGGACUGGGGAGCAGCGUGCGGGAGGGGCAACGUGUGAGGAGGGAUGGAAGGGAGGUGGAGGGAAGAUUGGGGGAGAGGAGGGUGGAGGAGAGGAGGUUGGGAGAGAGGAGGGUGGGAGAGAGGAGGGCGGCAAGGGGGGGGAGGGCUUCAAGAAGGGGGAAGGCGGCAAGGAGGGGGGGGCCGGCAAGGUGAGGGAGGGCGGCAAGGUGGGGGAGGGCGGUAAGGUGGGGGAGGGCGGCAAGGUGGGGGAGGGCGGCAAGGUGGGGGAGGGCGGCAAGGUGGGGGAGGGCGGCAAGGUGGGGGAGGGCGGUAAGGUGGGGGAGGGCGGCAAGGUGGGGGAGGGCGGCAAGGUGGGGGAGGGCGGCAAGGUGGGGGAGGGCGGCAAGGUGGGGGAGGGCGGCAAGGUGGGGGAGGGCGGCAAGGUGGGGGAGGGCGGCAAGGUGGGGGAGGGCGGUAAGGUGGGGGAGGGCGGCAAGGUGGGGGAGGGCGGCAAGGUGGGGGAGGGCGGCAAGGUGGGGGAGGGCGGUAAGGUGAGGGAGGGCGGCAAGGUGGGGGAGGGCGGUAAGGUGGGGGAGGGCGGCAAGGUGGGGGAGGGCGGCAAGGUGGGGGAGGGCGGCAAGGUGGGGGAGGGCGGCAAGGUGGGGGAGGGCGGCAAGGUGGGGGAGGGCGGCAAGGUGGGGGAGGGCGGUAAGGUGGGGGAGGGCGGUAAGGUGGGGGAGGACCGAGAGCAGCAAGGGGGCAUUCGGGGAGUGGAUGGCACACUGGCGGGGAUGAGGAUGGCAUUGGGGAAAGCGGCAUCGAGGGGAGCAGCGGUGGGGGAAGCGGGGUUGGGGGGGUUGGAGGAGCGUAGCGAAGGGAGCGAGGGACGAGAGGAGGAGGAGGGGGGUGAAAGAUGUGGGCUUGCAAUGAAGGUCAAACGCACGUGCAGCGAGGAGAGAGGGGAAUUUGACAGGGAAGGGGGUUCGGGGAGGGAGGAAUCGGGGGAGAAGGGGAAGGGGGGAUUGGGGCGGAAGGGGAAGGAGGGAUUGGGGCGGAAGGGGAAGGAGGGAUUGGGGGAGAAUGAGAAGGGAGGGAGGGUGAUGGCAGACACAAGAGAGGGGGAUGAGAUGGUGGAUGCGGGAAGGGAGGGGGGAAGGGAGGAGGGAAGGGAGAGAAAGGAGGAGGGAAUGGAGGAAAGGGAGGAAGGGAAGGAGGAGAAAAGGGAGGUAAGGGAGGAGAAAAGGGAGGGGGCAAUGGAGGAGAUAAAGGGGGAGAAAGGGGAGGAACGGGAGGAGAAAGGGGAGGAACGGGAGGAGAAAGGGGAGGAACGGGAGGAGAAAGGGGAGGAACGGGAGGAGAAAGGGGAGGAACGGGAGGAGAAAAAGGGGGAGAAAUUGGAGGGAGGGGUGGAGAAAAGGGAGGAGAAAAGAGAGGAGAAACAGGAGGAGGGAAGGGAGGAGAAAAGAGAGGAGAAACAGGAGGAGGGAAGGGAGGAGAAAAGAGAGGAGAAACAGGAGGAGGGAAGGGAGGAGAAAAUGGAGGGAGACGUGCGAGGAGAGGAAAAGGGGAAGGCUGGGAGGAUGAGCACUGAGGCGAAGGGAGGGGAUGAGGCGAAGGGAGGGGAUGAGGCGAAGGGAGGGGAUGAGGCGAAGGAAGCGGAUGUGGUUGGUGCAGGCGAGGGGGGACAUGAUGCCGACGCGAUGGCUACCGCAGGGCAGGUCGAAGCACAGGGGGAUGGGCCAGGAAAGGACAGUGAGGAAGGAGCAAAGGAGGGGAAUGAAGGUGCUAAGGGAGGGAAGGGAAGUGCAGAGGGGGGAAAGGAAAGUGUAAAGGAGAGGAAGGAAAGUGAAAAGGAGGGGAAGGAUAGUGUAAAGGAGGGGAAGGAAAGUGCAAAGAACAGGAAGGAAAGUGCAAAGGAGGGGAAGGAUAGUGUAAAGGAGGGGAAGGAAAGUGAAAGGGAGGGGAAGGAUAGUGUAAAGGAGGGGAAGGAAAGUGCAAAGGAGGGGAAGGAAAGUGUAAAGGAGGGGAAGGAAAGUGAAAGGGAGGGGAAGGAUAGUGUAAAGGAGGGGAAGGAAAGUGCAAAGGAGGGGAAGGAAAGUGUAAAGGAGGGGAAGGAAAGUGAUAGGGAGGGGAAGGAAAGUGCAAAGGAGGGGAAGGAAAGUGCUAAGGAGGGGAAGGGAAGUGUAAAGGAGGGGAAGGAAAUGGUAAAGGAGGGGAAGGAAAGUGUAAAAGAGGGGAAGGAAAGUGAUAGGGAGGGGAAGGAAAGUGCAAAGGAGGGGAAGGAAAGUGUAAAGGAGGGGAAGGAAAGUGAUAGGGAGGGGAAGGAAAGUGCUAAGGAGGGGAAGGAAAGUGCAAAGGAGGGGAAGGGAAGUGUAAAGGAGGGGAAGGAAAUGGUAAAGGAGGGGAAGGAAAGUGUAAAAGAGGGGAAGGAAAGUGAUAGGGAGGGGAAGGAAAGUGCAAAGGAGGGGAAGGAAAGUGUAAAGGAGGGCGAGAAAGGUGCAAAUGUGGGCGAGGAGCAGUUGAAUGGGGAGAAGGUGAGUGGGGAGGAGAAGGUGAGUGGGGAGGAGAAGGUGAGUGGGGAGCAGAAGGCGAAUGGGGAGGAAGAGGCAGAGAAGGAGAAGGGCUGGCAAAAUGAGAGUGUGCGGAAGGAGGACAAGGCGGAAAGGGGGAAGGUGGGUGGGACGGAAGGGGGAAAUCUGGGUGGAAACGAAGAAGGGGAGGUGGGUGGGAAGGAAGUGGGGGAAGUGGGUGGCGUGAAGCAGGGUGCGAGGAGUGCUGAGGCGGGCAAAGAUACCACUGAAGAGAAGGCGGAAGCGGUGAACAGGAGUGGAGAGAAGGCGGAAGCGGUGAGCAGGAGUGGAGAGAAGGCGGAAGCGGUGAGUAGGGGUGGAGAGAAGGUGGAAGCGGUGAGUAGGAGUGAAGAGAAGGAGGAAGCGGUGGGUAGGAGUGCAGAGAAGGCGGUAGCGGUGAGCAGGAGUGGAGAGAAGGGGGAAGCGGUGAGUAGGAGUGCAGAGAAGGCGGAAGCGGUGAGUAGGGGUGGAGAGACGGCGGAAGCGGUGGGUAGGAGUGGAGAGAAGGGGGAAGCGGUGAGAAGGAGUGGAGAGAAGGCGGAAGCGGUGAGUAGGAGUGGAGAGAAGGAGGAAGCGGUGAGUAAGAGUGGAGAGAAGGCGGAAGGCAGCAGCAUGGAGAAUUGUGGUGUUGGUGAUGUGGAGGCGGGGAUGGGGAAGGUGGAGGAGGGGGUGGUGGCGGAAGAGGGGGAGAAGAGGGUGGAGGGCGAAGGUGGUGUGAGAGGUGCGGUGGUGGUGAGGGCUGCUGCAGCCAGGGGAGACGAGGGGGAUGGGGUGAUGGGGAUGGGGGAAGGGGCAAAGGAGGAGAGAAAAGGGGUUAAGGGGAAGAAGGAAGGGGCAAUGCGAGAGGAGGAAGGAAAGGGGGAAAAGGAAAUUGCAAUGGGAAAGGACGAAAAGGCGAAGGGGAUGGAUGGAUUGGCGAAUGAGGAGGAGGAAGGGGCAAAAAGGGGGAAGGAAGGGGCAAAGGGCGAGAAGGAAUGGGUAACGGAAGAGGAGGAAGGGAGAAAGCGAGAGGAGGAAGAAGCAAGGGGGGUGGAGGAAAAGGCAAAGGGGGAACACGAAAGAGCGAAGGGGAAGGAGGAAGGAGCAAAGGGGGAGGAGGAAAGGGCAAAGGCGGCGGAGGAAGGAACAAAGGAGAAGAAAAGGGUAAAGGGGGAGGAUGAAAGAGCGAAGGGGGAGGACGAAGGAGCAAAGAAGGAGGAAAGGGCGAAGGCGAAGGGGGAAGCCAUAAAAAGGACAGUUGAAAUGGAAACUGCGUUCAGGGAAGGGACACAAGGGGAGGAGGCGAAGGGGAGGGAAGGAGAAGGAGGCAUGGCAGUGCUAGUGGGUGAGGAGACAGGGGAAGCAGGGGAGACGGCGGGAGGUGUGGAUGGGAUGGGGAAGAUGGAAGCGGAAGCAGAGGGGAGCGUAGAGGAGACAGCUGUGGGAGGGAAGGUCGAGGUGCUUGACGCGAUGCUUGGAAUGGCAGGGGUGGAGGCGGCAGGGGUGGAGGCGGCAGGGGUGGGGGUGGCAGGGGUGGGGGCGGCAGGGGUGGGGGUGGCAGGGGUGGGGGCGGCAGGGGUGGGGGUGGCAGGGGUGGGGGCAGCAGGUGUGGAGGCAGCAGGUGUGGAGGCAGCAGGUGUGGAGGCAGCAGGUGUGGAGGCAGCAGGGGUGGAGGCGGGGGACAGUGCUAAGCAGGCCAAGAGUGGUGAUGCUGGCAGUGCGGUUGGUGGAGAAGUGGGGAAUGGGGCGGAUCAGACGAGUCAAUGCAUCGUGGUGGCAGACAGAGAGCAGAGGGAGGAGACAGAGCACACGGGACAGAGAGAAGAGCUGGCUGGGUUGGGAGUGGCGAGGGGUGGGGGUGUGAAGGGUGGAGCGGGAUUGGACACAGAGGUGGGUGGGGAGCAGGAGCAGGGGAAGGAAGGGGAAGGUGGGGUGGGGACACGGGCGGGGCUGGCUGGCACAGAAGGGGGAAUGGACAAGUUUGUCGGGAAGGCAGUGAGCAGUGCAGAGAAGGAGGGUGCAGGGAAGGAGGGUGCAGAGAAGGAAGGUGCAGGGAAGGGGGGAGAGACGAGCAGCUUGAUGGGUGGAUGGGUGGCAGACGGGAGGGCAGCGAAGGAGAGUGUGGAGCGGAGAGGUGGAGAGCGAGUGGGUUCUGGAGAGGUGGCAGUGGAAGCUGGGGCACGGGGGAAGGAGAGAGAGGUGGAGGGGAAAGUGGAGGAGAGCACAGGAGUGGAGGAGAAAGGGCAGGUGGAGAAAGGGGAGGAGGAGAAAGGGGAGGAGGAGAAAGAGGAGGAGGGGAAGGUGAGUGGGGAGGACGGGAAGGAGAGAGGGGUGAAGGGGAAGGAGAAAGAAAAAAGGGGAGAGGUGAGAGGGGAGGAGGGGAAGGUGAAUGAAGAGGAAGAGAAGGCGAGAAGGGAGGAGGGGAAGGAGAGAGAGGAAGAGGGAAAGGAGAGAGGGGAGGAUGGGAAGGCGAACGAAGAGGAGAAGGUGAGAAGGGAGGAGGAGAAGGAUAGAGAGGAAGAGGGGAAGGAGACAGAGGAGGAUGGGACGGAGAAAGGGGAGGAGGGGAAGGAGAAAGAAGAGGAGAAAGAGAGAGGAGAGGAAGGGAAAGAGAGAGGAGAGGAGGGAAAGGAGAGAGGGGAGGAGGAAAAGGAGGAGAAAGAGGAGGGAAGGAAGGAGCGUGAGGAUGAGAAGGAAGCAAAGGACGGAGCAAAGGGGAGAAAUAACGAUCUGCAAAGUUGCGGGGUUGGAAGGGAGGAGAGGCAGAAGAGAAAGAGAGAGUGGGCAGAGGAGUGUGAAGAGGGAGAUGAAGGAGAAAACAACGGGAUGAAGGAGGAUGUUAUUCAGCAAGUGAAGAGGAGAGCAGAAGAGGUGGGUAGAGAGGAGGAGGAGAAGAGAGGAUCGAACCCAGUGGUGGAGGAGAGCGAGGUUCAUGCGUGCAGUGCUGUGCAAGUGAAUGAGGUGAGGCAGGUGGAUGAGGUGAGGGCGGUGGAUGAGGUGAGGGCGGUGGAUGUGACGGGGGUGGCAGAGGAGAAGCAGUUGGGGCUUGUUGACACAGCACAUCAGCAUCUCUCUGCCCCUUCCCUCCCUGGUAGCGUCGCUCCAGCCCCCACUGCCUGCCCUCCUCACCAAGCCUCUGCCCCCGCGCACACAGACCUGAAUGCCGUGCCGAUAUCAGGUUCGGACUUAGGCUCGGUUGCAGGCUUGGAUACACGCUCGGGUGGAGGCGUGGAAGGGAAGGACAGAGAGGAUGGUGAGAGAAGUGAGCGGGUGGAGAAUGAGACCGGGGUGGAUGGGGAGAAGAGAGAGGGGGAGACGAGAGAGGUGGGCAAGAGAGCAGAGGAGACGGAGAGAGAAGAGGAGGAGAAAAGGGCGGAGGAAGAAAGGAGAGUGGCGGAGGGGCGGAAAGUGGUGCGGAGGCUGCAGGGGAGGAGAGGGGCAGGGAAGGACUUUUGGGAGAAGAUUGAUGAUGAGGUGAGUGCAGUGCGGCAGCUGCUGCUGUCUGCUGGUAAUUUAUUCUUCUGCUUAUAA